AUGGGGAGAACUUCCCAAAAAGGAGUGCUUGAGUACACCAAAGAUGGGUUCGAUGCCAUCUUUGCGCUGGACAACAGCAAUGUCUACGCUGCCGUCCUUUCGGAGAUGAUGUCGAACACGUUCAAGGAGGGCAUGUGGUUCAAGGCGCUUACGCCAUACAUGCUCCUCAUCACCAACAACGAUCCCAUUGCCGUGGGCAACAUGAUCACCUUGAACGGGCUUACGAGGGCUCUGGUAGGUGUGUCUUCUGGGAGACUCCUGAUUAACAACUUCGGCAUUGAUGCUGUGUGGAUUCUUAGCGGCGUGACCGGCGUGGUGGGCCUUCUGGUCAAUGUGAUCUGCCUCUGUCAGGGCUCUGUUGCGGCGGCCUAUUUCCUCAACUUCGUCUGGGCGGUGUACAACGGACUAUGGAACUCCUGCUUGGAAACCUCCUGGGCUCGUUCCAUUAUCAAGAGCAAGAGGGAAGAUGCCAACGGAGCCCGGCAGAUCACAAACAAAGUUACGACUUCCUUGGGACCACUUAUCUCCGCCGCGAUCUUCCUCUAUUGCGGAAACCAGUGGGACAUGGGGCUUGUGCAAAAUGUCAUGCUCCUGGGUACAGGAAUGACUUCGGUCGUGGUAGCUCUGUGCUUUUGCUUCCGGAGCUCUCUCGAGACCGAGCAGGAUCUACCGUUGAGGGAGAUCGAGAGCAUACAGUUUCCAGCGCUGCCAGACAGUGCACAGGGGCCCGCAACGUUGAGACCCGAAGACAUGAGUCAAAAGGACUUCGUGCCGGAUGACGACGGCUAUGUCAUGCUGACUUCUCCUUUGGGUGGAAACUCAGACGCCUGGGCUUCUCGCAUUCGUAUAGUGACAACGAACUAUCGGGAGACCCCGCUGAUCCUUGUCAAGCAGUUUCGUGCAGCUUUGAAAGCAGUGCAUCCCGCCAACCCGACUACCAGUGUUCUUUGCUUUCGUGAUGCAUCACGGGCCCCAGUCGCUGUGGAAAUCGAGUCCUUGGAGGUGUAUCUAUCUCAGGUGCAAGCCUCCAAUGAGUCGCCAGCAGUUGAUUUGCAAAGGAGUUCAAUCCGCUUCAGCGUGGAUUACAAGCUGGUUAAGCCCAAGGCAGAACCAUCGUUUGGACACAUUGCAUGGGGCCUGAUCCUGGGAAGCAAUGCCCGAGCCUUGCGGCACGAACCAGGACUCGAAGAAAGCCUGCUCGCUGGGCUGGACAGCGAAGGAUCCCGCAGGAUCGUUUCCGCGAGAGGUAAAACAGCAAGGGACAUGCUCGAGCCGAAGCGCGGCGAUGCGUCCAAAACCGACCGGACGAACAUCCUGGGCGCGAACGUCAUCGUCACGUGCGAUGUGCUGAACGCUCUUGCUUCUGGCUUUUCGCUGAAGUUCGUGGACCUUUUCCUGAAGGUGGAUUAUGGAGUUUCUCCAGCAGGUGUUUUUCUUGUCGCGUUCCUGCAGAACAUUCUGGGUGCCUGGCUGACUCCGGUGUCAAAGAAGCUCUUAGUCCAACUUAGGGCCGAGGGCUACCGUGCCAAACUGGGCGUCGUGUUCCUGUGGUCGCUGGCCCUCUUCUUUCUGGCCCUGCUCUGCAUUCCAGGAAUGCCCCUGUGGGUGGUCAUACCCUCCAUCAUCCUGAUGCGGUCCCUCAACUCUUGCACGCGGGCCUUCAAUCGGGCGCAGCUGAUCGACUUCCUUCCGCGCGAGAAGAUCGCAACUUACAUGACUUGGGAUGCGCUGAACAAGGCCAACCAAGGAGGAAUAGCAAUCUUUGGAGGUCAGGUCGUUGCGUUUGCUGGCUACCGCGGCUGCUUUGUGGGCACUUUGAUCCUGCUGCUGCUGCGUACGAUAAUCUAUCUGGUCUUCGCGCUCAGAAAAGGCACUGUUUACAGAGGCGGCUACUUGCGAGAGCUCGAGUCGCGCCUGACAAGCGUGAAUUCUGAGCAGUCCUUGUUAGUGGAGGAUCUCAACAGUGUCGAAAACUUGCGGGCGGUAUUCGACGGAGAUCAGGAGUCGCAGAUGUUUCAGCCAGCGGAGGCGCUGGCUUUGGCUUCCGAGAACCCAGCCAAGCUCCGGGGCGGCCAGGAUGACCUGCUCGAAGUGCCAGUGGUUGAGGAGCUACUUUUCGAUGAGCACGCCGAACAGAGGCCUCCUUCGCGCCGGGCUACAAAGGAAGGCCCGUGGAAGGCUUGA